CAUUCUUUUCCCACAGCAGAUCUGACUUCAAUUCAUUAAGGAUGGCACAGAAGAGCAGCCGUCUAACGCAAGAGUACAUAUUACUCCUCACAAUUUUAUUUUUGCCACGAGAGACGACAAGUAGUUCUGUUUUAACUGUGAAUGGUAAAACUGAGAACUAUAUUCUGGAUUCUCAACGUGGCGUCCAAGCAUCUCUGGAGUGUGCUGUUCAAAACCACACAAGAGACGAAGAACUUCUCUGGUACCGAGAAGAUGGGAGAGUGGACUUGAAACCUGGAAACAAUAUCAACUCCAGUUCUGUCUGUGUCUCCUCCAUCAGUGAAAAUGACAAUGGAGUCAACUUUACCUGCAAGCUGCAGAGGGAUCAGACAGUGUCUGUCUCAGUGGUGCUGAAUGUUAUUUUUCCUCCCCUCCUAAGCGGAACUGAGUUCCAAACAGUUGAGGAAGACAGCAAUGUGAAGUUGGUUUGCAAUGUGAAAUCCAACCCCCAGGCUCAGAUGAUGUGGUAUAAAAACAAUAACUUUCUCACUUUAGAGAAAAACCAUCACCAAAUCCAACAGACAAGUGAGUCUAUUCAACUGUCAAUCACUAAAGUCCAGAAAUCUGACAAUGGAACCUACAAUUGUAUUGCAAAUUCACCUCUGAAAGUGGAAACCUUGGACUUUCACCUGAUUGUUAAAGAUAAAGCUGUGGUGGUACCAAUAGAACCCAUUAUUGCUGCAUGUGUUGUGGUCUUUCUGACACUGUGCUUUGGACUGCUUGCUAGACGACAAAGAAUCAUGAAGCUCUGCAUAAAAGAGAAAGACCCUCACACAGAAACAGCUCUGUAA